AUGUCAACUCCCAAAAUUGAAGACACUCUCUGCAAGGCCGACAUCAUUAUAUGCAAAAUAGUAUACUGUUAUGGAGCUACGGCGCUGGCUGCUCGCAUGCUCGAGCCCGUCGCGCCUCGCGUGGACGUGGCGCGGCGAUGGGGUCACGUCAUUACCUUCAUGGCUUGCUACCGCCUAUGCCAACAUCACCUUCCAAGCAGAUCCGUGGAGGCACAGUAUGAGACAGAAAUGUCUGGAUGGGCAGCCGUCAAUCAUCUCCGCGACCAGACGUCAAGUUGGGAGGGUAGACGUAGAGAGAAUCUGUGUUGCAUCAUGCGACGCGCUGUGAAGUCUGGAUAUAUAGCUCGUGGAGACUUGGCGAAUAUCCUGUCAUAG